CACUUAAUCACUUAAUCGCUUUCCAUCUCAUCAAUUCCUACUUUUAACGAGGUAUAAGCACAAAACAAAUAUUCAAACAUGACUCUAGAUACCGGUAUUCUUAAAGAACUAUUUUCUGUGGAGGAAAUAUGGACUUCGAAACCCCCAUUUAUUGUUCAGAUUACAAACAUUAGACCAAUCCCUAACGAAGCUGGAAAGAGAUAUAGAUUAAUCAUUUCCGAUGGUAUUUACACCUCUCAUGCUGUCAUUCGCCCUGAAGGUGUUCCAAUUUGUGAAAAAACAGGCAUCCAAAAGUCCUCCAUUUUGAAAGUCAUGAAUUAUGAACUCGAUAUAAUGGGCAUCAAUAAGAAACAUGUAGUGGUAAUUGGCGAGUGCUCCAUCUUACAAGCUAUUGCUGGAAAGGUCGGUGGCUCUCUAGCCACUAUUGAUGAAUACUUUACAGAACAUCCAAAAGAAGAUCGAUAUAUUCCUUUCAAUGCCUCUGCUGCCUCAAACAUCACCAAGAACAACACCUUUUCACCUUCUCCCAAGGUUUCCAUUCCAUCUAAAUAUAAUCAGCAAUCCAAACAACAAUCUAAACAGCCAAAUUUCAAUCCAACUACAAAUAGCAAGCUUUCGAACACUUUUGAAGGCAACUAUAACUCAAAUCGCUCAAAUCAUUCAAACCACCCAAAUAUUUACCCAAUUGACCAGUUGUCUCCAUAUCAAAACACUUGGACAAUAAAAGCAAGAGUCUCUUUCAAGUCCCCAAUCAGGACUUGGUCAAAUGCUAAAGGUGAAGGAAAAUUGUUCAAUUGCAAUUUUUUAGAUGAAUCAAAUGAAAUCAGAGCAACUGCCUUUAAUGACCAAGUCGAUAAGUUUUAUGAAUUUUUGCAAGAAGGCAAAGCCUACUUUAUCUCCAAAGCGAGAAUUAAUCCAGCUAGAUCCCAAUUCUCAAAUUUAUCUCAUCCAUAUGAACUAUCUCUAGACAGAGACACUGAAAUCGAGAUCUGUAAUGAAAAUGAUGCCGAUACGGUUCCAAAACUAAAUUUUAAAUUUGUUCAAUUGACAAAAAUUCAGGCCUUGGAUUCCAAAGCUAUAAUAGACUGCAUUGGUAUAUUGAAAGAAGUCUUGCCCUCAGCUCAAAUCGUCUCAAAGAACACUGGAAAAUCCUUUGAUAAAAGGGAUGUUGUUCUUGUAGACGACACAAAUGUUGCAAUCAAUUUGAGUUUAUGGAACAAAACUGCUGUGGAUUUCAAUUUCCCCAUAGGUUCAGUCAUUGGAAUCAAGGGCGCCAGAAUCAAUGAUUUUGGUGGUCGUGGUUUAUCCCUAACUCAAAGUGGCUCCAUCAUUUCAAAUCCUGAUGUCCCUGAAGCUUUUAGAUUAAAGGGAUGGUACGACAAUUUAGGUCAUAAUCAAAACUUCCAAUCACUAAAAAACGAUAGUCCUGGAUCUGGUCUUAUAAAUUUGGAUGAUAGAAAAACAAUUGCUCAAGUUGAAACCGAGAAUUUGGGAUCUAAUGAAAAACCUGAUUACUUUAGCAUAAAGGCUUUCAUAAACUAUAUCAAGCCUGAUAACUUUUUUUACACUUCCUGUAAAUCUGAAAAUUGUAAUAGAAAAGUUAUGGAGACCAGUGAUAAAUCUUGGAGAUGCGAGAAAUGUGAUAUGAAUUUCAGUGAGCCAAACUACAGAUAUAUCUUAACAUGCUCAAUUAUUGAUAGCACUGGCCAAAUUUGGAUAACUUUGUUUGAGGAAAGUGCCAAAAAAAUAAUUGGAAUGGAUGCAAAGGAGUUACUAGAUUUGAAAGAAGAAGACGAUGCCGGUUUCAAAAAUUUAUUAGAAACAAUUCAAACACAUGAGUACAACUUUAGAUUGUCAGCAAGGCUAGAUAAUUAUAAUGGACAAUCUAGAGUUCGAUACCAAGCUCAAUCUGCAGAUAUGUUGGAUUACAAUGCUGAAUGUGACAAUCUUGUCAAAUUGCUUGAAAAACUUUCCUCAAAACAUUAAAGAUUUUCCUAUAUACCAAAAAAAAUAGUUGUUUUUUUUUCCAAAUAUUAAUUGCUUAAUCUUAUUUUUAUUUUUAUUUUUUUUUUUUAAUUUUCUACUUGAACUAUAUAAUGGAAAAAUAUAUGGGGAAAUAAAGUCAUAAUAUGAAAAAUAAUGC